AUGGAGCGAGCCUCCCUAGCGCUGCGAAUCCCCCCGCAGCUGCUGCCCUCAAGCAGGGGAGGGGCGGGGGCUGAAGACUCGCUGAGUAGUGACAGCGUCAGCGUAGAUAGCGAGCUGAGGGGACUGGAAAGGCGCACGGUGGGCCACGGGGCGCGCAGCGCCAGCCGCCCCGCAGCGCCCCGCCAGCAGUCGGCCGAUGGCGUGCUGACCCGCAGCCCCACCGGCCUGGCCCCUGUGUCGGCUGGCAAGCAUGGCGGCAUUGCGCUGACCACUGUGCAUGUGGAUGCCACAGCCAGCGCCUCCCCAGACGGCUACUCAGACGACGGCUUCGAGGCUGAGAACAGCCAGCGGCCCAGCAGCCCCAGCAGCACGGUCCGCACCACCACCACUGCAGCUGGCACUGCAAGCGCCAGGGCAGCAGCGGGGCCAGUGCGCAAGCUUGGCGCCAGCCCCGGCAGCGGCAGCGGCAGCAGCAAGCCCAGCAGCCGCCCCUCCUCCGGGCGUUGCUCGCCCAGCAGCCCGCCCUCGCGCACUGCCUCGCGCCUGGGCUACCUGGCCGCCACAGCCGCCACAGAGGCCAAGCGCUCUGCGUCGGCAGCCCACAGCAGGCCUUGCUCCGCCUCGCCCCACAAGCAGCAGCAGCCGACGCGGCCGCCAAGCCCCUUCCCAGGAGAGGCCCGCACCCAGGAGGCCCUGGAGGCACGCGUGUCCAAGCAGAUGUGCCGGGACCCCGCAGAGUGGACGGUGCGGGAGGUGUGCGACUGGACGGAGCUGAUUGGGCUGGGGCAGUACCGGCGCAAGCUGGUGCACCACGCCGUCGGCGGCGCGCUGCUGCUGCGCCUCACAAGCGAGGAGCUCAAGAGCGAGGUUGGCAUAGGGCCGCUGGGGCACCGCGAGGGGCUGCUGGACGCCGUCAACGACCUGGAGCAGUACUGGCGGCAGCAGCUGCAGCAGCGGGCCCAGGGGCAGGCGCAGGGGCAGGCGGCGGCAGAGGGCGAGUACAGCGCAGACUGGGGCAGCCCCGCGGGCAGCAGGCCGGCCUCGCCGCCGCCCAGGCUGGCUGACUGCAGCCUGCAGCGGGCGUAUGCGCAGCGCGCGCGGCUGCUGCGGGACUUGGAGAAGGCAGAGAGCCGGGAGGCGCACCGCAGAGUCGCGGCGGAGCAGGCGAUGCGGGUGGUGGGGCAGGCAUCGGAGGAGGUGCGCAAGCUGCAAGCCUCCAUCUGGGAGAUCGACCGAGAGAUUGGGUGGGAGGCGGCGGCGGCACAGCAGCACUGCCACGCCCUGGAUCUGCACGGCGCGGUGGCCUGGCAGCCAGCGGGCCGGCAGACCCCAAAGCCGCGCCCCAGGGCCGUCAGCCCCGACGUGCGACCCGGCAGCGGCAGCAGCGGCAGCGGCGGCGGCAGCCCCAUGAGCCGCGUGUCGCGGCGCAUCAUGGAGGCUCAGGCCGCCGAGGGCGGCGGCGGCAGCAGCUUCCUGGAGCGGCUGAGCAAGGACAUCGCGAGCCGGCAGGGCAAGGCGGCAGCGGCGGCGCGCCAGGCGGGGCGGUACGUGGGAGGCGCUGACAAGCAGCUGGCGGAGCAGGAGCGGGGCAUGAGGGAUGUGCAGUUCAUCAGGGAGGUAGUGGAAGCCAAGAGCAGCGAGCUGGCUGAGGCGCUGGGCAGCGGGGAGGAGGCGCGGGUGGCGGAGGCCUGCGACGGUGCCGCCGUGUCGCUGCAGCAGGAGUGGGGGCUCAGCAACGACGCGGUGGCGGCGCGCCUGCAGCACGACCUGUCCACCAGGGAGGGGCGCCUGCGCGAGCUGCAGGACAAGUAUUUCAAGCUGGAGGCCGGCAACAGCGCUGAGCAGCAGGAGAAGGCGGAUCUGGCGGCGGCGCAGCGCCACUUUGCCCUGCUGGGCUGGUCGGCGGCGGACCUGGAGGUGGCGCCCGGAGAGGAGGCCGCCGCCUGCGACGAGCUGCUCAGGGCGCUGCUGCGGCGGGCGGCGGCGCUGCAGGAGGCGCGGCAGCGGGGCAAGAGCGGCGUGGACUGGCAGGGGCCGGAGUGGAGGCUGGAUGGGCUGGACAAGCUGCAGCGGGAGCACAAUGUGACGCUGCAGGCGGCGCUGGAUGAGCAGAAGGCGGCGGCAGAGGCGGCGGCGGCCCAGCAGGCCGCGGGCAGGCGCAACUACGCGCAGCCGGCGGCGCAGCAGAAGGAGCUCCCGCAGGCAAGGGGGCCAGGCGACCAUGUGGGGGACACUGUGGAUCUGCUGGCGGCGUGCCGGCCCGCCGAGGUGGCGCUGCUGGAGGGGCUGGGCGGCUACCGCAAGCUGGUCAUGGCCUGGCGCGCGGUGCGCGCCCAGCAGUUUGUCGCCUUCACGCGCCACGACCUGGAGCUGCGCAAGGCCAAGGCGGCCGCCCUGCAGCGCCAGCUCUACCCCGACACCACCAAGCGGCUGGCCAGGGAGGAGGAUGAGCUGGCGGAGGAGGCCAGGGCAGAGGCGCUGGCAAAGCUCAAGAGCACCGCGCCGCCGCCGCUCAACCACCAGCGCCAGCAGCGGGCAGCCUCGCCAGCGCCGGCAGCGCAGCCCACCAGCGGCGACAGCUGA